AAUGUUGAAAGCUUUAAAAAGACCCACAAGUCUUUGUACCCUUUCGUCCCCCUCCCCUCUAAAACCUCAUCUUCCCCAUUUAUUUCUCCCAUUCUUUCUCCUUUUCUUUUUCAGUUCUUAAUUCAUACUUGAAAAAAUCAAUACAUUUUCAUCAUCAUCAGCAUCAUCAUUUCCCAUAUACACAAACACACAUGCAUGCCCUUAUUAUCUGAUAAUGAACGCAUAGGUCUCUUCUCUGAUAGCUCAAUGGCGAUUCAAGCUCAGCAUCCUUCACGUUUCUUCUUCAACAACAGUAACGGACAAGAAGCUAGUGAUUGUUCGUUGCAGCCUCAAGACACUCCUUUCACUAAUUUCACCAAAGCUGGUCUCUCUUCUCAUUAUUCCCAUAUCGUUUCCAAAUUUUUUCCUUCAAUUCCAUUCAAUCAUCACCGUUUUUGAAACAGGGGUUGAUUCAAGAAAACGAUCAAGAGAAGUUUAUUCAUCGGCUCUGAUGAACCCUCCACCUCCAAAACCGUCGCAAGUUAUUGAUAUAACCGAGUUGUUGCAGAAAACGCCUAACGUGGUUUCCACUGGUCUUCGAUUAUUUCAUGAUCAGUCACAGAAUCAACAACAGUUUUUUUCUUCUCUUCCCGGAGAUGUUACCGGAAAGAUUAAACGGCAAAGAGAUGAACUAGACAGAUUCAUUCAGACUCAGGUGUCUUAUUAAACUCGACCUAAAAUGUGGUUUGGUUUGUUUUUUCUUUGUGUUGAUAAUUUGAUUUUGCAGGGUGAAGAGUUGCGGCGUACGUUAGCGGAUAACAGAGAGAGACGCUACGUAGAGUUAUUGUGCGCUGCGGAGGAGAUAGUCGGACGGAAAUUGAGAAAAAAAGAAGCGGAGUUGGAGAAAGCCACGCGCCGUCACGCUGAGCUAGAAGCGCGUGUAGCUCACAUCGUGGAAGAGGCGCGAAACUGGCAGUUAAGAGCGGCGACGCGGGAAGCUGAGGUGUCCUCGUUACAUGCUCAUCUCCAACAAGCCAUAGCUAACCGCCUAGAUACGGCGGCGAAACAGAGUACGUUCGGAGAAGACGGCGGAGACGCGGAAGAAGCAGAGGACGCUGAAUCGGUUUACGUGGAUCCGGAGCGGAUCGAAUUGAUCGGACCAAGUUGUAGGAUUUGCCGGCGGAAAUCUGCGACGGUGAUGGCAUUGCCGUGUCAACAUUUGAUUCUUUGUAAUGGAUGCGACGUCGGAGCAGUGCGAGUCUGUCCGAUUUGCCUCGCCGUGAAGACUUCCGGUGUCGAAGUUUUAUUUUGAUGAUGAUGAGUAUUUAAUUGAUAGGCCCGUUAUAGGCCCAUGGGUCCAUCCAGAUCUAAGCAACAAACAAGACAACAGUACAGAAAAAGGACGUUUUCUAUAGGCAAAAAUAAAGAUUGAAAAUGAGAUUUGAAUUAUAUAUAGUUGAUGAUGUACAUAGGACAUAGCCACAUGUAGUGGCAUUUUUUUCGUUUUGACAUCUUCGUUUACUUUCUUUCUUUUGGAUAUUCUUCGCUUUUUUUUUCAGAAAACGUUUUGAAGAAAUUGCUAAAAUUGAAUUCAUUUACGUUAGAAAUCUUACUAUAUUAUUUGGG